AUUUUUGGUUUUUUUUUACUGACAAGAUGCAUGAUACAAAACUCUAAUCCUAAAUCUAAGGAGAGAAAAAAUUUCACAAGAUAAUCAGCAAAUAAAAUUUGUAAUGAAUUUUGAGUAAUUCUUAGUUUAGAAAAAAGUGAAGGACACUUGAGUCUAGAAUUACUUAUAUUAAUUUGAUUCUGUCGAGAAGCUUGAGCGAGUAGAGUUGAGGAUUGAGUAACGGAGAUGUAGCAGAGUCACCCGGCUAUUCAACAGGACUUUCCGUUUUAUUCAUUUCACUUUUGAAUCUUCGAAUCACAUCCGAUGGGUAGCAGAGGGCACACUCUCUUGGAGGUUGGACCCGACGACGGGGUUGCCGUCAUCACCAUCGUCAACCCUCCCGUUAAUUCACUCUCAUUUGACGUAUUGCGCAGUUUAAAGGAGAGUUUUGAUCAGGCGAUACAGAGAGAUGAUGUCAAGGCAAUUGUUGUUACAGGUGCAAAGGGAAAAUUUUCUGGAGGUUUUGAUAUUUCUGCAUUUGGUGGUAUUCAAGAGGCAAAAGAGCGUCCAAAACCUGGUUGGGUAUCAGUAGAAAUCAUCACUGAUACUAUUGAAGCGGCUAGGAAACCAUCAGUUGCUGCCAUUGAUGGCCUUGCCUUGGGUGGAGGCUUAGAAGUUGCAAUGGCAUGCAAUGCUCGGUUAUCAACUCCAACUGCUCAGCUGGGAUUGCCUGAACUUCAGCUUGGAAUAAUUCCUGGAUUUGGAGGAACACAGCGACUUCCUCGUCUUGUUGGUUUGACAAAGGGACUUGAGAUGAUACUGGCUUCAAAACCAGUUAAAGGGAAGGAAGCUUUUAGUUUGGGGCUUGUUGAUGGUUUGGUGUCACCUAAUGAUUUGGUGAACACUGCACGCCAAUGGGCACUGGAUAUGUUGGGCCACCGACGACCAUGGAUUGCUAGUCUUUAUAAGACCGACAAAUUAGAACCCCUUGGGGAAGCAAGAGAGAUUUUGAAAUUUGCACGAGCUCAGGCUCGAAAGCAGGCUCCUAACCUCGAGCAUCCUUUGGUUUGCAUUGAUGUUAUUGAAGCAGGAAUAGUAGCUGGUCCUCGUGCAGGACUCUGGAAGGAAGCUGAAGCAUUUGAAGGACUUGUAAGGUCAGAUACUUGCAAAAGCUUAGUUCACGUAUUUUUUGCUCAAAGAGGAACAUCCAAGGUACCUGGGGUUACGGAUCGUGGUCUGGUUCCAAGACAAGUCAAGAAGGUUGCCAUCAUUGGUGGAGGACUAAUGGGCUCUGGAAUAGCAACAGCUUUAAUUCUUAGCAACUAUCCUGUCAUCUUGAAAGAAGUAAAUGAGAAGUUCUUAGAUGCUGGUAUCAACAGGAUUAAAGCAAACUUACAGAGCCGUGUUAAGAAAGGUAAAUUGACCAAGGAAAAUUUUGAAAAGACCAUCUCUCUUCUCAAAGGUUCCCUUGACUAUGGAAGCUUCAGGGAUGUGGACAUGGUGAUAGAGGCUGUUAUUGAGAAUAUUUCCUUAAAGCAACAGAUAUUUUCUGAUCUUGAAAAGUAUUGUCCACCUCAUUGUAUACUUGCAAGUAACACUUCCACAAUUGACUUGAACCUGAUUGGAGAGAAGACCAAGACUCAAGAUCGAAUUGUUGGUGCCCAUUUCUUCAGUCCUGCACAUGUUAUGCCGCUUCUGGAAAUUGUACGUACCAAGCAGACCUCUGCCCAAGUGAUAGUUGACGUGUUAGAUAUUUCAAAGAAGAUAAAGAAAACUCCAGUGGUGGUUGGAAACUGCACAGGAUUUGCUGUUAAUAGGAUGUUCUUCCCAUAUACCCAAGCAGGUCUCUUGCUUGUUGAACGUGGUGCAGAUGUUUAUCAAAUUGAUAGAGUAAUAACCAAAUUUGGAAUGCCCAUGGGGCCUUUCAGAUUGAUGGACCUCGUUGGGUUUGGUGUGGCAAUUGCUACUGGCAUGCAAUUUAUUCAGAAUUUUCCUGAGCGAACAUAUAAAUCAAUGCUUAUUUCCCUUCUGCAAGAAGAUAAGAGAGCUGGUGAAACAACUCACAAAGGGUUUUAUUUGUAUAAUGAUAAACGGAAGGCUAGUCCUGAUCCUGAAUUGAAGAACUAUAUUGAGAAGGCUAGGAGCAUUUCCGGUGUCUCUGUUGAUCCUAAGCUUGCCAAGUUACAAGAAAAGGAUAUCAUAGAGAUGAUAUUCUUUCCUGUGGUGAAUGAGGCUUGUCGGGUCCUUGAUGAAGGUAUCGCAGUCAAAGCAGCAGAUCUUGAUAUUUCUGCUAUCAUGGGCAUGGGUUUUCCCCCUUACAGGGGAGGCAUCAUAUUCUGGGCUGAUUCUCUUGGAUCCAAGUACAUAUAUUCAAGAUUAGAGAAAUGGUCAGAGUUGUAUGGGGAAUUCUUCAAGCCUUGUGCCAACUUGGCUGCAAGAGCUGCCAAAGGAAUUCCUCUGAGUGCCUCUGUGGAGCAGGGGAAGUCUCGCAUGUAAGAAAAAAAUAGCUCAUUACGUGUUUACUGGAUUGAAUUUUCCUUUCCCCGUUAUAUCUCCUUUCAGAUGGUAGGAAAUAUUGGUGACUGACUUGAGAAUAGCUUAAUAAUGUACGAUGAGAAAACAUUUGAACAGCAUAAUUCUUUGGUAAAAAGUAAAAGUAUUUUUAGUUAAGAUUUA